AUGCAAAUUUUCACCGAACAAAAAACUGUUCUGGCUGAAGUUAAUGGUACACCUUCAGGUUAUGUUAAUCUUUAUAAUGCGUGUAUAUCAUAUGAACCGAAAGAACGCUUAUCCUUAAAAGACAUUUUGGAUAGACUUAAAGAACUAUCAAAAGAAAAUAUAGAAAUCAUCUCAA